AUGAGUGGAGAAAAUGGAUGCAGAUGUGUGAUGCUGGCAUGGCUCAGAUCUCUGCAUUUACUUAUACGGGGCUCUUCUAAGCUUGUGGGGAGAAAUCUGUUUUCCAGGUUGAAGCAAUUGGUUAUGGAAAUGGCAUCGAGAGUUCUCUGCAGUGGUUAUAAAGGGUCCUUUACCUUUCUAUUUUCUGGAUUUCUGAUUUUGGAAAGGCACAUAUAUAGGCCAAACACUCAACUUGUUCUUCAUGGAAUCAGUCGCACAUUUGAAGGAGGCCAUAAACUCGGGAUUGUUGGUCGAACUGGCAGCGGCAAGACGACUCUGAUCAGUGCUUUGUUUCGUCUUGUGGAGCCUUCAGGUGGAAAAAUCAUCAUAGAUGGCCUUGACAUCUCAACAAUUGGUCUCCAUGACCUAAGGUCAUGUAUUGGGAUCAUACCUCAGGACCCUACUCUAUUUAAUGGGACCUUGAGAUAUAAUUUGGAUCCCUUAUCACAACACAAUGACCAAGAAAUAUGGGAGGUUCUUGGAAAAUGCCAGCUUCAAGAGGCUAUACAAGAGAAAGAGGGCGGUUUGGAUUCUUUAGUGUUAGAAGAUGGAUCAAAUUGGAGUAUGGGACAGCGACAGUUAUUCUGUUUAGGCCGUGCUAUAUUAAGAAGAAGUCGGAUACUGGUGCUUGAUGAGGCCACUGCCUCAAUAGACAAUUUAACAGAUUCCAUCCUCCAGAAAACCAUAAGGACUGAAUUUGCAGAUUGUACGGUGGUCACAGUAGCCCACAGAGUACCAACCGUCAUGGAUUGCACAAUGGUACUCGUCUUGAGAGAUGGAAAACUAGAAGAGUUUGAAGAGCCAAUUAAGUUAAUGAAGAAAGAGGGAUCACUAUUUGGGCAGCUUGUCAUGGAAUAUUGGUCUUAUCUCCACUCUGCUGAAUCAAGGUUAAAAAGCUAACCAAUUUAUGUUCCAUAUAUCAUCCUUUGGAUUAAUUACUUGUCAAUUUAAAGGCUCA